AUGAAAGAACACAACCGCCUUAUCCGGACACGGUCAGAGCUCGAACCAGUAGCGCUGGACGUCCACGAACUCGUAUCCAAGCGGAAUCGACUACGCGUCUCACCAACCUCUGGAUCAGAAGGGAAGCGUCCACGUGUGCCAAGCUCCCCGCUAGCAUCCGCCCCUGUACUUGGAGCACUACCAAUGUUGCAGUCUCCAUCGUCGCUCACAGACUCGUCUCUGGACUUUGUUGAUUCGUCCAACGAGGCCUCGUAUAUCGACGCCCCUCGCACGACCGACUACGUGAAUUCUCUAGUUAAGAUUGCAAGUAUUGCAUCGGCCAGACAGCGACAGCAGCUGCUCCAGCGCCAGCGUAAGGAGCGCAAAAGCUACGUGCUCCCGUUGAAGUCCGACGAGGCGGAAGACGAAUGGCUCAUGUCACGCCGCACUUCCCGCCUCAACUUGGACACUUGCGACUUCGAGGACGUGAAAUCUGCGCGCUCCAAUAGACGGCGAGCGGAGAAAGAGUCCUGGGCCGCUUACCUGAAGGCCAUGGAGUCUAUGAAGGUAAAUGUGUACGUCGCAUCGGAAGGUGGUGGCACUGCGCGUCGAAUCUGCUGGUACAUGGGUACAUCGGACGCUCAAGUGGAGAAGGCAAUACGUGUCCAGCUGCGUCUGCCUCGAGACACGGAGUUCCUGCUACGGGACGCCGAUGGCGACGUGGUUCCCGCAUCCUCGACGUUACCGAAUGGACAGCACUACAAGCUAAUAGUGCAAGAAAAAGAUGACUACAUUAUGAGCAGUGCGAAUACCGCGGUUACCAGUAUUAUCAGACCGAUCGCGCCAUUUAGUGGUGAUGAAGUGGAAGCUGUGCCACUACCUAGUCCCAAGAGGAGGCGCGUGGAGACGGAAGACGACGCUGUUACUCCUCCAACGCCUUCUUCUCCACUAGCUGAUCCAGUUCCAGCCAUUACCCCGCCGACACGACGUAAUUCUACUCCUCCUCGACCAGUUGCGACAAUUAUCGCACAGUUUGUCGAUACCUUCACCCGCCCCAUUGCCAACGAGGACAACGUGAACUUCAUUCCGAACGCUGGACCCUAUGCGCUCUAUGAUCUGUACUGCAAGGUGGUGCAAGACAAAAAGUUCCACCCGAAACGCGAAGAUGUUUUCUACAAGAUGACGUCCUUGCAUUGCAAAGUGGAUCGACAGCGUGUAAACCGGAACGAUGUUUGUGCAGUGCAAACCACAGGGCAAAGGAGUGUUACUGCGGAGAUAUCGUAA